AUGGAUAGAGAAAGAAUUCAAAAUAUAGUCCAAACUGUGUGCUUGAUUAAUAAUCCUUCGACCAGUAAUGAGGAAAGAAUUGCCGCCACCAAGGCUAUUGAAUCUCUGAAAGAAGGAAAUCCUGAAGUACUGGCAGAAGUGGGAUUCGAGUUAGUAGGAUUAAGAGACGAUCUUCUUUCGCACGUCGGUUGGAAUUUCGUAGAAGAGCUGCUGAGAUAUAAAUGGAAUUCAAUUCCUGUGGAGUUUCGGGUUUGCCUGAGGAAUAAGAUUUUGAAUUAUUUAGAGUUGGGUCCUAUCCAGCAAACCAUAGAAAGUACCGCUAGGAGUGUGGUUGCCAUGAUGGAACACGAAUGGCCUCAGAAUUGGCCUGAACUGUUUCCUCAGUUAGAGAAAAUGAGUUCAAUGAGCUAUCUCCACUGUUGUACUUCUUUUGCCAUCUUUCGUAGACUUGUAGAAAAUGUAGUUACUCUGGCUACUGUAGCGUCCUCGCAACGUAGGAAGGAAAUGCAUAACGUGAUAAUAUAUUGUUUGCCGGAUAUACUGAGAAUAUCUCUAGAGAGGAUUGAAGCGUGUCAGAACGUUCCAAUCAAUAGCGAAGUAGCUUUGAUAAUUAAAUAUGUUAUUAGUUUUCUUGCGGAGGUAUGCGAAUGGGCUCCCUCUACUUCACUUGAUCCCGUAGUCGAUAAACUAGUCAAACUUGUGGUAGUUCACUUGAACACUCCUGAUCUCAACAUUUAUGAAAUCGCUGCCCGUUGUCUCGCAGCAUUAUCAAUCAGAAAGAAAGAAAAAACUGAAAGUGUCGUAGCUGCUUUUUUCCAAUCCGAAGUCAUAUCCGCCAUUCUUACAACUACGAGUAGAGCCGCCGAAGUUGCUCAUUCAAGCGAAAGCCAUUAUUUAUAUUUGAAAGCCUUGUGUGAUCUCUUAUCCUCUAUAGGAAAUAAUUUGGCCAAAGUUUGGUCUGAGAAAAGUCCUCCUCCUAACUUCGAGGUGUACCUGUCCGCUAUCAACGCGUUCUUCCAUCACCCAUCUCUCUAUUUGAAACUUGAAGCUAUAGAAGUUUUCGUAAUCAUCUCGCAAUGUUCUCUGGGAGAGCACUCUCAGUUCUGUAACGUAAUGACAAACGUCCUGGACCAUUUACCUGAGUCGAUGUUGAAGCACGGAUAUCCAUCUGAAAAGCAAGAGUCAACUGCUCGACAUUAUUCUCAAAUGGACUUCGAUGAUGACAGUGAAUGGACUACUAGUUUCAUAAAACUGAGAGAACGCAUUAGACUGUUGAUGAGACAAAGCAUGCCAAGACAUUUGCCUCAAUUACUUCAGAUUUUCAAUGCAUGGGUUUUCCAAAGAAUUGUAACGGAUGCUGUAUCGAUCCCCACCGAUGAUUGGGAACCUAUGCAGAAGUUUUCAAAAACAGUCAUCCAAACUGCUUUGGAGAACAACUACAUAUCGAAUAAUGAGACAAAACACCGACUUGAAACCUUCGCCAACAGUCUACUCGAUAUCAUUUCUCAAAUGACAAACUGGGAUGUUGCUAGUGAAGUUCUGAGUAUUUAUUCUGCUUUUCUGCCUUUGUACGAGGGCAACUGGGAUGGCUUGUUCAAGUAUGUCACGGUACUCAAGCAUUGUCUGUGCUCUUCGAAAUGUCAUAAAGUCUUGAACAGACAUUGCAUCAGUCAGAUUCUCAAAGUUGUUUCCCUGUUUCCAACUUUUCUGAAGAAUAAUGUGGACAAAAUGGUCACCUUGUGUUCCGAUGUACAAAGCUCAAUAUCCGAAAUGCAAAUGGCUCAGCUCAUUCAAGUCUUGGCUGCUCUUUCCAAUUUGGUUGAUGAUCCUGCCCAUAAAAGAGAGUUACUGAGUUAUGCCGUGGCCAGUGUUGCUGAGUACAUCAUCUCUACUGUAAAUAAAUUGAACACUUUGGAUGAUUUCAUUGCUUUCAAUGGUUUUAACAUCGCUCCAUCUGAGGACGAUCCAGAUUCAUCAACCAGAGAAGAUGUGGAACGUAGAAAAAUGCUUCGUUGCAAUCUCUUUGCUCUUGAAGGAGUUCUGAUGCAAGUUGAGAAAGAUAGCCCCAUGAAGGACGUGAUGAAGUCCUUGUAUGCCCCUUUGUUCAAGCUUUCGAAGUUUGUGCUCGAAAUCAAUGCCACUAGUUCUAUAGCUAGAAUGCAUAGCUCUUAUAAAGAUAUCAUGAAAAUGACUGCUGCAGAAAAACAGCAAAUCUAUGCUCUCAUGAACGAGGGAUCUGAAACCCAAGUUGGAAAAAGCCUUCCCGAAAGCAGAGAUGUUGUAGAUAUCAACCGUCAAUACAUUACGUGUCUGUCUGAAAAUUGUGUGAAUAUCUUAUCCUACUGUACCACUAAGUUUGCCGAUACCCUGUACUCUGAUCCUCAUUUUGAACAAUACUUGAACUCAACAGCAGCGGAAUUGCCAAAGCUGGAUAUCUACCGACUCCGUAUUUGGAUUAAGAAAGGAUGGAGAAACAUAAUUUUCAAUUGCCCACAAGAUAAAAGACAUUGUCUCACCACAUUGUUAACAACUAUGUCUGAGCAUUUACAGAGUUACCUCACCCAGCUGUGGAAUCAAAUAGCUUCUAUAGACUAUGAAUCUUCCGAAGUCACACAAGAAGAGUUAUUCAAUGAACAUCUUGCUUGUGUUAUAACGCGAGAGUAUGUUUUCCUUCUUCGUCUCUUCUAUUUGGGACAAGAAACUUCUCCAACUGUUGAUGAUAGAGGUAGUAUCCGUAUUGGACCUCUUGGUCACUGGCUUCUCGACAAUAAGGUUGCCUUGGCUUCCAUGUUGUACACUUCCUUUUCAAUUCUCACAUGGAGGGAUACCAUAUCCGCUAUCCGUAUAAUUCCCCUUUGUAGAGUAUUCGUCGAUAGACUUUCGGCGAGUUACGAUGACCAAGUUGCCGUAGCUAUGCUCUUCUCCAGUAUUCAAUCUUUACAAAUCCAUGGCCCCGAUGAAGUUGCGGGUCCUUCACUAUUAGGGUUGAUAUUCCAUAUUUAUAUAACUUUAAGAAAGUUCUCGAAUUCAUUCCCAGGAGUACUUCAACAAGUUCCAGAAGCUUCACCACAAGAUGUUGAACUCUUUGAUAAGAAGAUUCAGCGCUUGAUUACGGGGGAAGAGAGCAUGCAAGAAAAACAGCGAAGAGAGAUGUUGAAGAAGUUGCUGCGUGGUGUCAUCUCGCUGACAACUAGUGAGCUUCAUAAGCGUCCAGUGUUCUUGAGACCUUUACCAAAGCUUGAGAAGAAAUCUAAGCCGGAAUACGUUCCGGACUAUUUCGAUGUAGCUGAGAUUUUCUCCACUUAG